AUGACAGAAAAAACACAUUACGCAAUCGUAGAAUUUAUGGACGAAGUUCAGAUUGUGCCUAAUAAUUGGUUAAGUAAAGAUCUACAAAAUGCCGUCUGGCCGAAUUUUACAAAUAAUAAGACAUAUUAUAAAGCUGUGAAGAUGAUGAUAGAUCCGGAACGUACAUGGGCCACUCAUCCAAUCAAAAAGAUUUUUGGGACAUACUUUCAGUAUACAGUAGCAAGAAAAAAAUUGAAAGAAGUAGAGUACACGUCCGACCUUAAUUCUGGUGCAAAAAAAGAAGAAAUGUUAAAAAGAUCCAAGAAAGUCAGAGCUGCAAAAAAAAUGGACUCGUCAUCGAGUUGCAACAAUGAAUCAGAUGACAGUUUUAUUUCAGAACUUCCACAAAUUCCAACUAAGAAAGUGUCAAUUGUAUCAAAAAAGAGAAAAGUUGAGAGAUUUACACGAAAAGGUAAGAGCAUAUUUAGAAAGAAUUACAAUAAUACAAAAAAAGUUCAUAUUUUAUUUUACUAUAUUUAUGUGCAUUGCAGAUGUUCAGGACAAUGACAAUGACAGCUUUUUAAAACAAAUAAAUCAUCCGAUUUCUAUCAUUCAAAAUGAAAAUGAAAAAUCUGCGACAAAAUAUUCCAGUAAGAUUCAUUUUUUAUUUUUACAAUUUGGAUUUGUGUAGCAAAAAAAAUAAAAAAACGUACAAUAUUUGUCAGAUCACUCUUGCAUUGAACAUGCAUACAGUCAUACGAGGUGUGAUCAAAAAGUAAGGUGACUUUUCAUUUUUAUAA